UUCUCGAACGGACCGGCGCGAGGACCGCGUUCAACACCGCUCCACGGGACACAGACCAGUCGCGGCGGCCAUUUGCGGAUGCGUAGUCGGCGGUACCGGUUGUUCGUGUCGUGUUUGUACGUGCGUGUGCAGUCCUCGUCGAGUGCGACGCGAAUAUUCGCAAUAAAAUUUAUAUUAUUUUUGUGUCGAUAUAAAUGAUAAUAUUAUCAGUCGUUUUUGAUAACGUGGAAGAUUUUUGAUUUCAUCGCGCUGGUUAAUGUGUUAUACCGUCCGUUUUUCUCAUCCGUACUAUUGACCGAUCUUCGGUCGACGACUAUCUAUAAUAUUAUAUCCGCUGUUUACAUCGUUAUCGUUGUUGUAACCCCCAUAGAGGUAUAUUAUGCGAUUCUCGAAAUUUUAUUUUUGUAUUUUAUUAAAAUUGAUAACGGAAAAUAAAAUUUACUGUAACGUUUGAUAAUUCGCUUCGAUUUGUGGCGGGUGUUUUCGGUCGAAACCGCCGACGGAAUAGUGGUAAUUUGUGUAAGAGUUAUUUAAAAAAAAAAAAAUUUUUUUACUUAUCUCACGGGUGGCGUCACACGCACCCGCAUUGUGCGCGUUUCCCACAACCGUGUGCCGGCAUGAAGGAGGUGGUGUCCAUUAACCCGUCGCCGCCGUCGCAGCCGCAGCUGAUAAGGGCCAAACAACCUGGAUACUUGGACCUGACGGCCGAACAGAUAGACAGACUCAUCAGUAAAGAUCCCAUUGACAAGGAUUACGACGUAGAAACUGAACCAUUUGCCAGGGGUAAAUAUGCGACGGUCCGGAGGUGUCGAGACAAACAGACCGGCAAACAAUAUGCAGCCAAGUUUCUGCGGAAACGCCGGCGGAACGCCGACCUACGACCCGAAAUUCUACACGAGGUGGCCGUGUUGGAAGCAUGCACAUACAACAGCCGCAUCGUCAACCUGUACAAAGUGUUCGAAACCAGCACGGAAAUGAUAUUGCUACUAGAACUAGCACCUGGUGGUGAGCUACAAAUGGUCUUAGACAGGGACGAAGUACCGUCUGAACCAGAGGUAGCUCGGCUCAUGCGACAGAUACUUGACGGGUUGCACUACUUGCAUACCAUAAACGUUGCGCAUCUAGACAUCAAGCCACAAAAUCUUGUAUUGACUGCCGACUUCCCGAACUGUGAUGUAAAACUAUGUGACUUUGGUAUAUCCAGGUACCUGAGCGAAGGGGCCGACGUGCGAGAAAUACUCGGCACGCCCGACUACGUGGCCCCCGAAGUGUUAAACUACGAACCAAUCGACGUGCAAACUGACAUGUGGUCCAUUGGAGUCCUACUGUACGUACUGUUGACCGGGUGUUCGCCGUUCGGCGGUGACACCAAACAGGAAACGUUCUGCAACAUAUCACAAUGCAAACUCGAUUUUCCUGAAGAUCUAUUUCAGGAUAUAUCUGAGGAUGCUAUUGAUCUCAUGAAGAAGCUGAUGGUGAAAAACCCCAGGGAUCGCCUCACUGCCAAGGACUGCUUGGAACACUGUUGGUUUCAUAGAACACAAACGAUGACGUCGACGGCGUGCACUACGCCCUCGAGAAUAUUCAACGGACAGGACAGCGGCGGUAGCAGCAGCAGCAACGCUUCCGAUUCGUCCAUCUGUGCGGUGGUGACCAACACCCUGUCGGACGUCGUGGACCGCGUCACUGCCGGAACCGCCACCCCCGUGACGACAGCUGUCAAACACCAGCAACACCAACAGAACCACCAGCAACACCAACAAAACCACCAGCAACACCAACAAAUACCACACCACCUAUACCAACAGCAACAGAAAAAGUUUGCCGCCCUGCAGUCGAAGAGCUGCGACAACUCGCCCGCGCCGCCGGCGAUGAGCGCUUCUCGGCGCAAGUCGUUCAAGGACAACAUGGAGUCGCUGGUCCGGCGGCUAGACCGCGAACUGGCCGACAGCUGCCAACGGAUGGUCGGCGAACCGAGUCCGCCGCCACCGCAGGCCGCGGCCGCCCCGCCGGGCCGGACGCUGAGCCGAGCCAGCGGCACGCCGCAGACGAUGCCGUGGAGGACUGGCGCGUCCAGCAGCCGCGUGGCGGUGCCGUUCACGUUCCGCAGAACGGCGGUGGACGAACCGUCGCCGCCGUCGCCGUCGUCGUCGCUCCACCCGGAAUACCACCACCAAGCGCGGGCAAAAUCACGUCGUCGACGCGCCAGGGCGGCCAGCAGCGCUGACACUUCGUCCGUGGGCGACUGCAGCAGCACCGACACCGUCGGCAGAGUUCUCCUUGCAUCGAUUCGACGGCGACCGGUUCCAUCAUAUCGCCAGGGCUCGCUGGACCAUCGCUUCGAUAGAUGGUCGUGUCGUCUCCUCUCUUAUAUAUCCUCCUCCGUCGUGGUGUGGUCGACAUCCGCCGACCUGUGCGGCAGCCAGGCUGGUGAAAUAUCCGCGUCGUGCUUUAACGUCACGGAACGCACCGGCGGCGAUCGCAGAAGAGCCAGCCGAAGAGUGCAGCGGCACUUAUCGCUGAGCCAUGUCGCAGUUCAUAACCGUUGCGACGACAUCCGGCCGAAACCCCGCCGGCCUCGGGUGUUCGACGACUUCGGGCCGGCGGCGCAGCCGCUUCCGAGACAACGCAGGACCAGUGGUGCGUGGGCCUGGAACUGA